CGUCUGUGUUGACACUGGACGGAUAUGCGGCGAUGCUCUUGCGUGCGAAAGCGUUUGCAGCGAUCUCUGAGCAGCUCCGGAGAGAUUUCGCCUCGGAUGAGAGAUUAGGAGGAAGAGGAAGUGCGACCAGCAUCAGAAGCAAAAAAAAAGCUGUCUUUUGCUCCAUCGCGUCUCCUCGGUGGCAGCGGCCCGUCGAUUCUCAGAGGAAGCCGGGGGCUGGAUUUGAAAUGUCGCAGGGAUGUGUUGAGGGCUUGAUGUUGAAAGGAGAAAGAGGAGGAGAGAGGUGGAGAGAGCUCUCCCUGGCCCAGGAGAGGUUUUAAUUAGACCUUUGCAAAAACCAGUGCCGUCUGUGGUCGGAAGGUGAUGGCAGUGCUGACUGAGCUUCACCACUGCUACUACCCAUUCCUACUGAUGGACACUCCUCUACUGCGCGCCUGAGCCUGCACUCAGCGCUGCCUUCUUCCCCUCCUCUCCUUCUGCCUCACCUUGCUCAUUUCCCACCUCUUCCUCCACCCUCCUCAUCUAGCUGCCACUUACUUCCCCCCACACGUCUCCCCCUAAUAUUCUAUCCAUUUCACCCACGUUUGAAUCUCACCAUACCUCUACAAUCUUUAUUAUGGCGUGCUGUGGACGCUCACUGGACUCCCCGUGCACACUAGCCUUGCUGGUGGGCUUCCAGUUUGCCUUUGUUCUCUAUUUCUCCCUCGGGGGCUUCAGAGGCCUGGUGUCUGUCCUGGUGCACACCACAGAGCCGGAGUUUGAUUACUCGAAACCUCACGAUGUCUAUACCAACCUCAGUCACCUGGGAGUGCCGCCUCCCCCGCCUCGUAACUCUGGCACUGGACCCCCUGCCACAGGACCACCACUGAGAGACUGCCAGAUCCCCUCCCCACUGCUGGUUGGACCUGUGUCUGUUCAUCUCUCCUCUCCUCUGUCUCUGGAGGAGAUCAGACAGAGAAACCCAUUAGUAAUGCCAGGUGGACGCUACCGGCCUCCAGACUGUGAGCCGCGCCACCACACUGCGAUAGUGGUGCCGUACAGGAACCGGCAGACCCACCUUCGUGCCCUCCUCUACCACCUCCACCCCUUCCUGCAAAGACAGCAGAUCCACUACAGCAUCUAUAUUGUACAGCAGUGGGGUAACGGUACCUUUAACCGAGCCAAGCUGCUGAAUGUCGGGGUGCGGGAGGCCCUCAGAGAUGAAGACUGGAGCUGCAUCUUCCUGCACGAUGUUGACCUGCUACCUGAGAAUGACCACAACACCUACACCUGCCACAAACAGUUCCCCACACACCUGUCUGUGGCCAUGGACAAGUUCAGAUACAGGCUGCCGUACCCACAGUAUUUUGGUGGGGUGUCUGCCGUGACCCCUGACCAGUACAUGAAGAUGAAUGGCUUCCCAAACCAGUACUGGGGCUGGGGUGGAGAGGAUGAUGAUAUUGCUGCCAGAGUUCGUCUGUCUGGCAUGAAGAUCAUGCGCCCUCCAGUGGCCAUUGGCCAUUACAAGAUGAUCAAGCAUAAAGGAGACAGAGGCAAUGAACAAAACCCACGCAGAUUUGACCUUCUGAAAAGGACCAGGCUCAACUGGCGCUCUGACGGCCUCAACUCUCUUACUUACGAGCUCCUUUCCAGGGAGCUGGAGCCUCUCUACACCAACCUCACCGUCGACAUUGGAGAGGACCCCCGUCUGCCCCAGCUGAAAGCACCAAUCCCUGUGAAAGCUACAACCCCUGUCCACCAACGUAGCACCAGCAAGACUGGCGGGGGCACAGCCAAACAGGAGAAGAAGCAAGACAGCCAAGGGGCAAAUGUGACUGUGGCCAAACCGGCUGCUGAAAAAAUAGAAAACGACCAGUCAAAGGCAGCAAAUCAUACAACACCGGAGAAGACAGGUGUGGUGAAAUAGGAUGAGGUGUUUAAGAAAAGGACUGCAUCCCAUCUGUAGCAUAAAGUGGCUUCCCCCUUCAUUUUGAGCUGAAAGACAAAAUGGAGGAGAGCAGUGUAGAUCUGUUCUGCUGCGGGACAUAAAGUACACUAGCUUUCUGUGCUCAGUGCAGGUUAGGGGUAGUUAUGCAAUGGAUCAAAAGAAGAAGCCUCUUUUGUCUACAGGGGUGCAUUCACGACUGAGUCACCUCUUGGUUUAUCAUCCGCUGAAUGUGACUCUGGCUCCAGCGACUGACACAAGUCUGCCCCUCAUGACUUAUUUGGGGCCAGAAGAGGAGUGGUGAACGACUCAGCCGUAUUCACAUAGAGGUCCAAGACAAACUAAAUAAAAAUGAGACAGCAACUAUAUAAAUCUCUGCUCUUACCCAGACAUCGCAAGUCGUAAGCAACCCAUCUGCUGCCAGCAGACCUGCAGCUUCAUCCAGUUUGCUCUCCAAAAAACUGCUGCUGUCAGUCCACCCCACUCCACGGUGGGUUUGUGUUUCUGUGCCUUCUCUCUUUUAUGCGUAUUUUAUAGACUGGUAUAGUUGCUUUUAGAUGCUGACCCGGGGUUAAUUUUACCUCUCCUGCCUCGCAGGCAAAUGUAAGAAAGCAGGGAGGCUAAAGCUGAUCCUAGAUCAGGACAAAUGAUCUGUCCCAGGACUGCCGUUUUUAUAUCUGUGUGCAUUGAUCAAGCGCUGACCAACUCCAUAGUUAUCAGACAAUUCUAGAGUUUAUAUUUAUAUAGAGAGACUUCUUUAUUUGUUUACAGAUUUGUUUUACUUCCUUACAGUCUGGUGCCUCUCUCUCUCUCUCUCUCUCUCUCUCUCUCUCUUUCUCUCUCUGUCUGUCUAUCUCUCUCUAUCUAUCUAUCUCUGACAUUUAGUUCCUAGACAAUCAAAUCAUACAAGAAGAAAACUGUGUAUCCAACCACAUAACAAUGUGAGGAAAUAUUAUCAUGAUGACUAUCAUUACACCUGUCAGAUAAACAUAGACAUGGCAUGAUAGUUGUUGUCUAGUUUGACUAUACUCUUGAUACAUGGAUAGACCUGUGAUAUUAUCUGUGAUUUUAUUAUUUUUCUUUUAGAUUAGUCAGGUACGAAAAAAAAACAAAUUGCAGACAAUAUUGUAGGCACGCGAUUACACAUUUGCCAGUUUCAGAUUGUAUUUUAAUAAUAAUAAUAAUAAUAAUAAUAAUAAUAAUAAUGAUAAUAAAAAUGGUCAUAGUUAUGAUAAAGCACUGUGUAUAGAUCUAUGUCAGCUUUUUACUAGAAGGCCCUGACAUCUUCACAGAGGGUCUCAGUAUAUUAUGAAAGACCCUGGUACAUCUAAAGCUAUAAAUGAUAUAAAUACUUGUCUCUCACAUUUAUAUUUUGAACAAGAGGAGACAAGGAGGAGGGACAUUUUAUUCUGAGGGCUAACAAAUUAGGACAUGCAUGUUGCUUAUUUGUUUUGACAGAUCAAUUAUCAUAUCCUCUGCAUCUGUCAGACAUGUUGUUCCCAUAUCAUUCAUUUGGAAUGUAUUAUUUUGAGUUUUGGACGAAGGGAGUUUAUCAGGUGAGCUUGAGGACUUGAAUCUGAUCACUUGUAUGAAAUUGGAUUUCUUGCUGCUACGUGACUAUAGGGAAAUGGUUAACUAUAUGAUUAAUCAGCUUGAAAAAUGCCACUAAUAUUCUGCUGUUGAGUUGUGUUCUAUCGUACUAACAAGUAAUGUAUUACUGCUGAUUUGAAUGUAUUUAAUUUAUUAAUUUAUUUAUUGAUUCACUGGUAGAGCAAAAUGUGUUUAAGGGUUGACACACCCUUCUCCAUUGUAGAGCAGAUUAUCCUUUUAUUGUGUCUCCAUGUUUCUUUUGUUAACAUGUGCCUCAUGCGAUAAGCCCAUGUCACUGUAGGACUGAAGGCUGGGUUAUGUGUGACCGCCCUCAAGUGGCACAGAGCGGCAUAGCGUCAGCUGAGAGGAACCAAGGACUGAAUGAAACUGCAGUGCUGUGACAUGAAUGUUAAUCAUUAAUGUUGGCCAUUCACAGGUUUCAGCCAAUCAUCUCUUUGCAUUGCUCUGUGUGGAGGGUUUGCGUAGCAUCACAUGAUUGAUCCUGGCAGUUUAAAGGUGUAGAGCAACUCCCUGAAUUUCACUGGUUUAUAGAACCAAAAGCUACAUGGCAAUUGUUUAUGAAUGGAUCUAGUUUUAUAGAAGGAAUCUAUGUUUAUGUAUGAUGAAAUAUUACCUGUUUCAAACAAAGAGUGCUGUGCAAACCUCCGUCUCCACAGUGAGAGAUAAUUAGGCCCAUUUUCUUAGCUUUAUAUAACAUAAUAGUUUAGUUGCAUAUCAAUAGAUAAUGUAUCCUCCAUAUAUCAUAUUGCCUGGGACAAUGCCUGUUAUGACAUGAAGCAGUAACGCACUGAAAGCUUUUAAGGACGUUAUGUAAUCUCUGCAGAUUAAUCAGCAUACUGUGUGCUUACCUGGAGAUUGUUCUAUAUUUAAUAAAUAGGCUAGUUUUUAUAAAGGAUGUUUUCGCAUAAACGUGUUGGAAAUAUAUACUAUGUAGUUGAAUGCAAAUUCAGUAAAAAGGAUUGGGACUUUAUGGUCACAUUUUUUUUAUUUAAAGAGUUUAUUUGAUCAUGGGUUCAUUCUAUCAUUAAACACAUAGGUUGGAGGAGUGCAAAUGUGCUUGUCGAGAACCACCUGAAUAGAGAGAUGGGAUGUUUAUGUAUUCAUGGAAAUGAGACGAAAUGGAUUACAUCACUUCUAAUUAAGGAACAUGACAUUUGCAACAUGUGGUCAUCUCAGGUUGCCUUAUUUAAUGACCUUGCGUGGGGAUUAAAGGUUAUGUGUUCAUGUGUGCGCUUGUGUAGAGAGCAAGGUCAUCAAAAAAGGCAACAGAUGCAGUGGACUAUGAUGGAUGGUGUUGUGACAGAAAGCAAAUGUGUACAUUAAU